GCCAACUUCCCCUCUAUCAGAUUGAGUUUAUAAUUCCAAGAUGGUGGGUGUUAUGUCGGAUUCGGAUAGCGAAGACGAGUUACCACCGGGAUGGGAGGAACGAGCGACGUUGGAUGGCAACGUUUACUACGUAAAGUUACCACUACACCAAGGGAACCCAAUGGAUGCAUCCUCGUACUGGACGUAAAAAAGUUGUAGAAGGAGAACUACCACCUGGCUGGGAAAAAUGUAUUUCUGAAAAUGGUAAAGUUCUGUUUGUUGAUCACGUCAAUCGCACAACUACAUACACAGAUCCACGCUUAGCCUUUGCCACGGAGUACAGAGAGAUGUCACAACCAAUUCGACAGAGAUUUGAUGCAAGUAGUACAGCUCUGUCUGUACUACAUGGCAGAGAUCUUAAAGGAAAAAUAGCAAUUAUUACUGGUGCUAAUUGUGGCAUAGGUUUUGAAACUGCCAGGUCCUUGGCUUUACAUGGCUGCAAAGUAAUCCUAGCCUGCCGAAACCUGGACAGAGGCCAAGAAGCUGUAAACAAAAUAAUAAAGGAAAAGGAGAAUGUUGAGUGUGAAUUACUACACUUGGAUCUAAAUAAUCUAGAAAAUGUUACCGAAGCUGCUUCCAAACUUAAGCUUGAGUACACAAAGCUUGAUAUACUCAUAUUGAAUGCUGGAGUCUUUGGUAUACCACACUUAAUAACUGUAAAUGGUUAUGAAUCAACGUUUCAAACAAAUCAUCUGGCACAAUUUUAUUUCACGAUGUUACUUGAGCCCAUCAUACACAAUACGGAAAAUGCUAGAAUUGUCGUGGUAUCAAGUGAAUCGCAUAGAUUCUCUUCUAUAAAAUCCCCAGAUGAUAUUCAUCCCUCAGUCUUGUCACCACCGGCAAGUAGCUACUGGGCAAUGGGAGCGUACAAUAACUCGAAGCUCUGUAAUGUUUUAUUUGCUGUAGAAUUAGCUAAACGGUGGCCAUCUGUUGCUGUGUUUUGUUUGCACCCUGGAAAUAUAGUUUCUACGGAUAUAUCUAGGCACUGGUGGCUUUGGAGAUUAUUGUAUGCUUUGGCACGCCCGUUCACAAAAUCAUUGCAACAAGCCGCUAGCACGUCUGUAUUUUGUGCAACUGCGCCAGAACUUGAAGGAGCAACAGGUAUUUAUUUCAACAAUUGCUAUCGGUGUGAUUCUUCUGCUGCUGCUCAAGAUUCAGCAUUAGCUGAAAAACUAUGGAGCCUCAGUGAAGAGAUGUUACUCAACGUUCUUCGAAAAGAGAAUCUGGGUUAUCGCCUGGCCGAUAAUGAAAAGUACAACUUGACUGCGUGAAAAAAUUUCAUUUACACUCUUCAUAUACCUAUUAUAUAAAUAUUUGUUUUAUGACUUGAUAUUUCUAUUAUUUUUAUACCAUAACGACAUUAAUCCAAUGAAAAUAAUGUCUAAUUCUACUGUAUAUAUUUUUAUUAAGGAACUAUAAAUACACGGGUUAUUAAUUUUGGUAAAAUUCUUUCAAAUAAUCGGCUUUCGGUUUCAAGAUUGCCUUGUCCUUGAGAACGACGACCCAGCCUGGCUCGAGUCCGUAGAAUAUUUGACGAGGGUCUUUACGUUCAGACAGCAUUUCAUAUUGAGGAUCUUCCUCAAUUUUUGGAAGAUUAUAGCCAUACUUUUGCGCUAGUACCAAGCGCUCAUGACAUACUUUUUCUGGAUCUGCUAAAUAUCCACGCGUUUCUGCACUUGAAUAAUAUUCUAAGCAAUCCAUGGGGGGCAACAUUCUUCUUGGAAUAGCUU